AUGAAGUUUUGGAGGGAACGAGAAAGAGAAAACAAAGAGCAGGUCUUAGCGCCAUUAUGUGGGCAAGUUCGAGUAUUGGUGGUUGGUGAUUCAGGUGUCGGGAAAACAUCACUUGUACACCUCAUCAACAAAGGUUCUUCUACUGUUCGCCCAUCUCAAACGAUUGGAUGCACAGUUGGUGUCAAGCACAUAACUUACGGAAGUCCAGCUAGUUCUUCGAGUAGCAUUCAAGGAGACUCAGAGAGAGACUUCUUUGUUGAACUCUGGGAUGUAUCAGGGCAUGAGAGAUACAAAGACUGCCGCUCGUUGUUCUACUCACAAAUCAAUGGAGUUAUAUUUGUUCAUGAUCUGUCGCAAAGAAGAACAAAAACAAGCUUGCAGAAAUGGGCGUCUGAGGUUGCAGCGACUGGAACAUUCUCAGCACCUCUUCCCUCGGGAGGCCCUGGUGGUCUUCCUGUUCCAUACAUUGUUGUUGGCAACAAAGCAGAUAUUGCUGCAAAAGAAGGAACAAAAGGAAGCAGUGGAAAUCUUGUUGAUGCAGCUCGUCAUUGGGUCGAGAAGCAAGGUUUGCUUUCCUCAAGCGAGGAACUUCCUCUCUUUGUAAGCUUUCCUGGUAAUGCCGGUCUCAUAGCGGCCGCUAAAGAAACCAGAUACGAUAAGGAAGCUUUGAACAAGUUUUUCCGGAUGUUGAUAAGACGAAGAUAUUUCUCAGACGAACUACCAGCAGCUUCACCGUGGUCUGUGUCGCCGAUUGCAGCCUCAUCAUCCCAACGGUUAGACGAGAUCACAAGUGAUGACGAUCAAUUUUACAAGCGAACAAGUUUACAUGGAGAUCCUUACAAGUACAACAACACGUUGCCUCCACUUCCAGCACAACGCAACCUAACUCCACCUCCUACGCUCUAUCCGCAGCAGCCUGUGUCUACUCCUGAUAACUACGCUAUCCCGAGAUUCUCUCUUUCGAGUGUACAAGAAACAAGCAACAAUGGGAGUGCCAGAUCUAAGCGAAUGGAUAUUAACAGUAAAACGGAGAUAGAGCUACAGAGUUCGGGCUUAGGACAGCUUCAUAGCCCGAGAGAAGAAGACAAGGAAGAAGUGUUGGAAGCUUUUAAGUUGAGAACUAAAGAAAUGGUGGAAGCAUGGUGGCCACUGUUAGCAGCUGCAGUGCCUGCGGUAAUUGCAGGCCAAGCAUGGAGGAUAACGAAGAGACGGGGCGAGGAAGAGAGGAUCAAGAGUGCUCGAGGAAGAGAGAAGAGCUCUGAUGAAAUCUUUGUCUGUGAAAGAGUCUGCACUUCUAAGAGAAUGCUGAAGAAAGUUGGAGCCUUCUCCAAAGACCCGAUUCCGGACACUUGUGUCACCGUCUGCGGCGUAUCUGAGCUCGACGCUUGCUCUGAUGCUUGUGCUCGAACCGUCUGCGUUAACCAGCAUCAAGUUGCUAACUGGAAUGACAUCUGUCUUAGGAGAUGUCAAAGUGAGUGUCUUAAGCUCUCUUCUUCUUCUUCUUCUUGA